GUACCCAUAGUGAACGGAAGCGCUGUCACCAUAGAGUAUUCCUCCCAUUUUAUGUUACCUGUGCUCGCUGUUAGGUUUCAUAUUGUUUACAAAUGUUACCGUGUGUUAUGUUUUCAUGGUUUAGCUCAGAUCUAACUGGCAGGACUAAAGCAACCACGAUUUUUGUUUUUGGGGGGUGGGGGUGGGGGGGGGGGGGCAUAUUUCAGCGGCGUAACAGUGUCCCUAUGUUUACAAUUACUUUCAUUUCAAGUGACUUACAUCCUCUGUUAUUUAGCGUCGGUUUAACUGGCAGAACUAAAGCAACCAUUACGUUUCGCGGGGACGUAUAUUAGCAACGUACCGACAGGGAGCGGAAGCGUUGGCGCUAUGUUUACACUGAGAUUUCUCUCGUUUUAUGCCACCUGUUGAAUUCUAUAGUCGUUUAAAUCGCAUCACCACAUACAAGAACUAUGACUCAAAAUCACCUUCCAGGUAUGGAGUCGUCCGCCAUCUCUGUACUGAAGCGGGCGGUAGAGUUGGACCAGAGCGGGCGCUUCCUGGAGUCUCUGGUCUGCUACCAAGAGGGCAUCCAGCUGCUCAUAGACGUUUUAAAAGCAGUGAACGAUGACUCGAAGAGAGGACACUACAGGGGAAAGAUAAAGGGCUAUAUGGACAGAGCAGAGCAAAUCAAAGCUCAUGUGAACCAGAAGAAAGAAGACGGAAAGUACCACGAGCAGGUAAGGAUAGCGGACGACGCCACAGGUUACAGUUACGAGGCUGUCUUCAAGCCGUACAUCAGCGGUGCUCUCACCGAGGUUUGGGUGGAAGACCCGUACAUACGACACACUCACCAGCUGUACAACUUCCUGCGGUUCUGCGAGAUGCUGCUCAAAGCAUCCUGCAAGGUGAAGACCAUCCAUCUCCUCACGUCAUCAGAUGACGCGGACGGCGGCCCCCAGACGAGCGCCCUGGCCGAGCUGAAGCGGAACCUCAGUACUCACGGGGUCGCUCUGGACCUGCAGUACUCCUCCACCAUCCACGACAGGGAGAUCAGGUUUGAUAACGGCUGGAUCAUCAAGAUUGGAAGAGGGCUGGAUUACUUCAAGAGACCAAAGGGACGCUUCUCAAUUGGAUACUGUGACUUUGACCUCAGGCAGUGCCACGAGACCACAGUAGACGUUUUCCACACGAAACACACCAAAACCCUAUGAGACGCGUACGCGGUCAUUGACAUUCGCAGUACAUUUAAUGACUGUAUGUAUGUAUCAUUGGCUUGCGCAAUACAUUACUUUUUAAAACAAAUGUUAUCUUGUAUAAUAUUCACGGUAAACUGUAACAAAGCAGGAGUUUUUACAAUUUUAUGGAUAUGAGUGGGAGCCGAUGCCUUUUUUCAUGUAAUGCUCUUAUAGUGGGGCAGACAGUCGGGUUUGAUUGGUGAACUAUUGUAAUAACAGAUCUUUAUAAUAUC